CACUUUCUCCUCUUCCUUUGUUCAAAUCAGAUUGCUGGAAGAAGAAACUUCGCCACUUUCUGUUCUAGUCCUUACACAAUGACUCUCGGAAGCGCUCCGUUGACUACUGCGGAUCUUCGAAUUGUCGAUGGAGCACGAAGGAAUUCGACGCUAAUGUGUGCGCCAGUGAUGGCAGAAUCAGUUGAUCAGAUGCUGGUUAAGAUGCGGAUGGCUAAGGAACUUGGUGCUGAUCUUGUUGAGGUUAGGUUGGAUUUCUUGAAGAACUUCAGUCCAAGACAAGAUCUUGGUGUACUUAUCAAGCAAGCUUCUCUGCCUACUCUUUUUACUUUCAGGCCAACAUGGGAAGGCGGGCAGUACAAUGGUGAUGAAAGCAAGAGGCAAGAAGCACUACGUCUAGCCAUGGAGCUGGGAGCAGAUUACGUUGAUGUUGAGCUUAAGGUUGCUCAUGACUUCUUCAAUUCAAUUCAAGGGAAGAAGUCUGGAAAGGUCAAAAUCAUUGUUUCUUCACACAACUACGAAAAUACCCCAUCAGUUGAGGAAAUAGGUGAUCUUGUGGCAAGAAUACAGGCCACUGGAGCUGAUAUAGUGAAGGUUGCAACAACUGCAUUGGACAUCAUAGACAAUGCUAGAAUCUUCCAAGUACUUGUGCAUUCCAAUGUCCCCAUGAUAGGACUUGCUAUGGGUGAGAGAGGAUUAAUGUCAAGGAUCCUUACCGCAAAAUUUGGUGGAUUUCUCACUUUUGGUGCACUUAACGGGGAAGCAGUAUCAGCUCCUGGACAACCUAGUAUCAAAGAUCUGCUAGAUUUAUACAAUUUCAGACAGUUAGGAGCUGAUACCAAAGUACAUGGUGUUAUUGGAAAGCCUAUUGGUCACAGCAAAAGUCCUCACCUCUACAAUGCAGCAUUCAAGUCUGUUGGAUUCAAUGGAAUAUAUCUACCUCUGUUGGUUGACAAUGUUGCAAAAUAUAUCAGCACCUAUUCAUCCCCUGAUUUUGUUGGAUACAGUUAUACAAUUCCACACAAGGAGGAUGGUCUUAGAUGCUGUGAUGAAGUUGAUCCCAUUGCCAAGGCAAUUGGAGCAAUCAGUUGCAUGAUUAGGAGACCAGAUGGAAAAUUGAUGGGAUACAAUGUUGACUACCUUGGAGCCAUUGCAGCAAUCGAGGAGGGACUAAGAGCAUCAAAUGGUACACCUGCAUCUGGUUCCCCAUUAGCUGGUAAGUUGUUCGUUGUCAUGGGAGCAGGUGGUGCUGGAAAGGCACUUGCUUAUGGUGGAUAUGAAAAGGGAGCUAGAGUAGUGGUUGCCAAUCGCACCUACGAAAAAGCUAAAGAACUUGCUAGCAAAGUUGGAGGUCAAGCAAUUACUCUUGCUGAGUUGAAAGAUUUCCAUCCAGAAGAAGGGAUGAUCCUUGCCAAUACUACAUCUGUUGGAAUGAAGCCAAGGAUUGAUGACACACCCUUAUCCAAGGAAGCUCUGAAGCACUACUCUCUGGUCUUUGAUGCCAUUUACACUCCAAAAUUGACCAGACUCCUGCGUGAAGCACAGGAGUCCGGUGCCAAAAUUGUAUAUGGAACGGAGAUGUUCAUCAAUCAGGCAUUUGUACAGUUUGAAAGGUUCACCGGUUUGCCUGCACCAAAACAACUCAUUAGGGAUGUGUUGGCAAGAAACACUUAGGGAGGAAUUCCUUGCAGAAAGUCAUGUUGCAGCUAAAUCCAAGACUUGUUCUAUUGUACGAAUAAAAUUUUCCAUUUUCAUUUGAUGGAAAAACUGAAGCAAAGUAAUCUUGAAUUUUAUUAAAUUCUCAUUCUAUGUUGCUUAAACUUAUGAUAAGUAGAUAGACCAAUAGGAUGAAAAAGGGUUGAUGUAUUCAAAUCCUUAGUUCUUGGAAAAGGUUUUAAAUUAUAACUAGGAAUUCGAGAUUGGAUGGAGAGCACAAUAUAAUAUUCUUUUAUAU